AUGAAAACAUCAUCCUUUAUCGUCGCCGCGGCCUGCGCCAGCCUGGCUGCGGCCACUCCCCUAAACAAGCGUGCUUGGGCCACCACCUACGAGAUAGUAACCGUCACUGUCACCGUCACCGGCUCCCCUCCCGCCGAGACAGCCGUUUCAUCCAUUCAAGCCAUUCCCACUGCCGACGCCACUUCCUGGGCUGCACCCAAUUCGGGUCAUGCUUCUGGCCCUGGUGCAUGGUGGGGUGCAUGGCGUGACUGGGGAAGCAUUUCUGCAAUUGCAACAACAUGGGCAACCCAGUCCGCUGUGACGACCAUCAUUGAAACAUCUGCUGCUGCCACGGCCACGGCCAGUGCAAGUGCUGUGAUUCCUACGUAUGCUACUCCAUCGUCGCCAGUUGGUCAAUCCAGUGCGAAUGCUGUGGUUCCAACGUAUGCGACUCCUUCAUCGUCGCCAGCUGGUCAAUCCAGUGCGAGUGCUGUGGUUCCUACCUACGCUACUACGACCUCGGCGCCAGUUAGUCAAUCCAGUGCGAAUGUCAGCCCGACCCUUUCCAGUUCGACGGCGGCUGCAGUCCCGACAACAGUCUCCUCGGACUAUCAACAAGGCAUCCUCGAUUCUCACAACAUCCAUCGUCGGAAUGCCACUGUCUCGAACCUGGUCUGGAGCGAUGAAAUGGCGUCCAUUGCCGCUCAGAUCGCAUCCAGCUGUGUCUAUGCCCACGACACAUCGGCUGGGGGUGGCGGCUAUGGCCAGAACAUUGGCGCCGGUGCUCCGCCAUCCGAUAUCCCAGCCAUGAUCACCGACGAGAUGUAUAACGGCGAAAUCAACUAUUAUCCUGCAUACGGCGUUGAGCCCGACAUGAGCAACUUUGAGAAGUGGGGUCAUUACUCGCAAAUCGUUUGGAAGUCGACCACCUCCGUUGGAUGCGCUACUCAAUACUGCCCGAAUGGACUGGCCAAUACUGGCAGUGGUGUCAGCCCUUAUUUCACCGUUUGCAACUACAGCCCACCUGGCAACUUCGGCGGCCAGUAUGCUGUGAACGUGUUGCAACCCCAAGGGCUUCCUACUGUGACCCUGUGA